AUGGGCAAAGUAGUGUUUGUGACGGCUCUGGCCCUGCUGCUGCACGUGCAGCUUGGCUCAUCCUUCAUACUGUCAUGCUACUUCACAAACUGGGCACAGUACAGACCACCUCCAACCAUUUAUAUGCCCAAUGACAUCGACCCAUGCCUGUGUACCCAUCUUCUGUAUGCCUUUGCCACCAUUAAGAACGGCCAACUGGCCACCUAUGAGUGGAAUGAUGUGGAACUCUACAGUCAGUUCAAUGGCCUCAAGAACAUGAAUGGCAACCUGAAGACUCUUCUGUCUGUUGGAGGAUGGAACUUUGGCUCUGCAGGUUUCUCACAAAUGGUGUCAAGUCCUGCCAACCGUCAGACCUUCAUCAAGUCAGUAAUUUCAUUCCUGAGGAAGUAUGAGUUUGAUGGGCUUGACAUUGACUGGGAGUAUCCAGCCAACAGAGGAAGCCCCCCUGAGGAUAAGCAGUACUACGCUGUUUUCCUGGAGGAGAUGAGAGCUGCCUUUGAGAAUGAGGCCAAGCAGAGCAACAGGGCUCGUCUUCUGAUGUCUGCUGCUGUGUCGGCUGGAAAGGACACCAUUGAUUCUGCUUAUCAGAUUCCCAAGCUUGGACAGGCCCUGGAUAUGAUCAAUGUCAUGUCCUAUGAUUUCCAUGGCUCUUGGGACCGUAUUACUGGUGAAUGUAGCCCCCUGUUUAGAGGCCCUGAGGACCAGGGUGGCUUCAUCUAUUUCAAUGUGGACUAUUCCAUGAACUACUGGAAGAGCCAGGGAGCCCCAGCUGAGAAGCUGAUUGUUGGUUUCCCCACAUAUGGUAACACAUUCACUCUAAGGAACCCUGCUAACCAUGGUGUUGGAGCACCUGUUUCUGGUGCUGGAACUCCAGGAAAGUACACACAAGAGGCUGGAGAACUGGCUUACUUUGAGAUCUGUGGCUUUUUGAAAGAUGGAGCAACUCAGGUUUGGAACCAGGCCCAGGAUGUGCCAUAUGCCUACAAGGGAAACCAGUGGGUGGGCUAUGACAACAUCAAGAGCUUUCAGAUCAAGGUUGACUGGCUGAAGAAGAGUGACUUAGGAGGUGCCAUGGUGUGGACAAUUGAUAUGGAUGACUACUUGGGCACUUUCUGUAACCAGGGAAAAUACCCACUGAUUAAUGUUCUCAAAAAGGGCCUUAAUCUGGACCAAGCAUCUUGCGCCCCUCCUGCCACACGACUUCCUCCAAUUGCCGGAGUGAGCACGACUCCUGGAGACAGCUCUGGAGGAAGCUCCGGCGGGGGCUCCAGUGGCGGCAGCUCUUCCGGUGGGGGCUCCGGCACCAGCGGCAUGGACAGUGGGUUCUGUGCUGGAAAGGCCAACGGCAUGUAUGCUGACCCAACAAACAAGAACCAGUUCUACAACUGCAGUGGGGGAAAAACCUACUUUGAGAACUGUGCUGCUGGUCUGGUCUUUGACAGCUCUUGUUCUUGUUGCAACUGGUCCUAAAGCUGAAGUUAUAGAUUGACUGGUUAACUGCUCAAAGGCGGGUUGAGUUUGUUUUACAUUUGUUCUUAGUUCUCAGAGCCUAACUACUUUGAGUACAAAGAACAUCCCUUCACAUGUUGGGUGUUAAACAAUGUAAACCCCGAUGCUGUCACUUUGAAUAGUUCCUUUUGAAAGCAAAGACAAAUAAACAUUUGAAUUG